AACGAAAUAAGUCGCUCCGUUCUUAUCAGUACAUAAGCUGCUUCCAAUGCGAACGGAUUGAGCUCAGCUACGACGUAAUCCGCAGUGAUUAAUCAUGUCAAAGUUAUUGGUUGUGAUGCUGCUGCUGGCGGUGAGUGCGCUGGGUGCAAAAAAUUGCAUCGACAAAUCACCAUUCCCCCACCAAGAGCUGACGAAUUUGGAUCAUUCUAAGCGAGUGUCAUCGACGCUGGAGGCUGUGUUCAAUCGGCGGGACUUCAACUUCUCCGUGAUCGAGGGUCACUCGUGCCGAAACGCGAGCGAAACCAGCUAUUGGUACCACGUGGUGCUUGUGGAUGACAACAUACGCUCGGAGGUAACUUACGUCGAAUCCGCCCGGGGAUCCAAGCGAGGACGAGUGGAUUAUUUGGUUCUGGAGGAGGGCCAAUCGCACUACGUGUAUCGUUGGAAGGCUGCACCAAUAAAAUGAUGGGGAGAUUAAACACUGCAAGUGAUACGUUUCAGUAUAA